GCAUUUAGUAUUUUCCAUCAUGCAGACGUGGGGUAUUUUAUUUUUUGUUAUCUUCUUUCUCCGUCCUACUCGAACGAUACGUUUUAUCUCUGUUAUCGAUGAUUCGAAUUUUGAUCAAGUUUCAAGAAAUUUAGAAGAUGCUAUUGAGAAUGUCAAUCAAACGAUUCUUGAUGGAAAAAUAGAGCUGCAUAUUAUUAGAACGAAAAAGGAAGAGACUUACAAUACUGUAAAAGAAAUUUGCAGUAUCGUUUCUAAAGGUGUAACAGCUAUUUUGGAUUUUUCUAACAGAAUGGGAACUGUAAAUUUACAAGCUUUAGCCAACGAUUCAGGUAUAGCACAUAUUUCUUCUGUACCGUCAAUAUAUGAACCGACAGCUUCACUAAAUACGACGCUAAAUAUAAGACCUUUAGAGUUCCAUUAUAUAAACAUUAUAAGAACAAUUGUUGAUAUUGAGAAUCUAACUAACGUCGGCGUAAUUUACGAUUCAUCCUUCGAUUUGAACAAGAUCCCCAAAACCCUUCUAAGGAAUUUGCCCUGUCAGCACCUUUAUUUGAAACUCAAAACUAGUGAGGCAGAUAUGAUUAAUCAACUGGAGACUUUGAAAAAAGCAGACCUGGAUCAUUUAUUUGUUGCAGCGUCUAGUAAAAUGGCGGCUAAAUUCUUAAAGAUUGGUGAGAAAAUGGGAAUGAUGUCUUUUAAAUAUCAUUGGUACGUUAUGAGUAUGAAUGUCCCGCCGUGUAAAGAUUGUCCCCUAAAGGAUACAAUUGUUCAAAUAUCGCCUGUAAUAGAUGAAUCGUCUCAAUCCUCCUAUUCUGUUUACAAAAGUUCCUACGAUACAUCACCUAUUGUCGAUGUUAGUAGGGCCUAUAUCUUCGAUAUGAUUCACUUGAUAGCCUCUUCAAUCGGCGAUCUGAUAUCGCAAGGGAAAUUUGGCAAUGAGAUUCAAUACAACGAUUGCUUGCUAGAUUCAUCUACGGAUAAGACAGGAUACGAAAAAGCAACCCUCCUUCUUGACACAAUAUUCAAAAAGACGCGAUCUGGUGUAACUGGACUAUUAAAGGGUAUUCAACCUGGAGUAUUAGAACAAGAUUCAUCCCUAAGGCUUACAAGAUCAAAAGAGAUUGGGUCCUGGAGUAAAAAAACUGGCCUUAUCAGACUAAACGGUUCCAUAAGUGAAAACUACAUGCAAAAGAUUUAUAGGGUUGUAACGGUAACCGAACCUCCAUUUGUUUUCAACUCUUCUAAACUUCCCAGUGGUAUCAGCGAGUAUUACUAUGACGAAGUUAGCGGCCAGUACUAUUACGGAUAUUGUAUAGAACUAUUAAAUAAGAUAAAAGACAAAUUGAAAUUCAAAUACAUUCUUUAUCAAAGUCCAGAUGGGUUAUAUGGUUCAAUGAAUUCUACACGACACUGGAAUGGUAUGAUAAAAGAAUUAAUAGAAGAUAGAGCUGAUAUUAUGAUCGGAGCUGUAUCAGUUAUGGCAGAGAGAGAGAAUGUUGUUGAUUUUACUGUACCGUUCUACGAUUUAGUUGGGAUAACGAUCUUAAUGAAAAAGCCGAAAUUUGAGUAUACUGUCUUCAGAUUCUUAAACGUCUUAGAGAGAGCGGUUUGGGGUUGUAUCUUCUCUGCUUUCGUCAUCGUAAGCGUUCUACUUUGUGUGUUUGAUAAAUACUCGCCUUAUAGCUAUCAGAAUAAUAAAGAAAGUUGGGAUGGACAAGGCGACGAACCGAGGGUUUUUACACUUAAGGAGGGACUUUGGUUCUGCAUGACAUCGCUAACGCCUCAAGGUGGAGGUGAAGCUCCACGAGCUCUAUCGGGUCGUUUAGUUGCUGCCACCUGGUGGAUGUUUGGUUUCAUAAUGAUAGCCACUUAUACGGCUAAUUUGGCUGCCUUUCUUACCGUCUCACGACUUGAUGAACCUAUAUCCUCUCUGGAUGAUCUUGCCAAACAAUUUAAAGUAAAGUACGCUCCCCAGUCAGCUACGGCCACACAAACGUAUUUCGAAAGAAUGGCUGACAUUGAAGAGAAAUUCUAUAGUAUAUGGAAAAGUAUGAGCUUGAAUGAUAGUUUGGAUCAAUUUGAGAGAGCCAAACUAGCAGUAUGGGAUUAUCCAGUAUCAGAUAAAUUCACAAAUAUGUGGGCUGCAAUGAAGGAGUCUGGCUUCCCUCUGUCACUUGAGGAGGCAAAAAAUCGUAUAAAAAAUCCUCCUUCAGGACAAGAAUUUGCUUUUAUAGGAGACGCUACGCAAAAUAAGUAUGCAGCAAAUAUAGACUGUGCUCUAUGGGAGGUUGGCGAAGAAUUUAGUCGUAAACCGUAUGCGUUAGCUGUUCAAGAAGGUUCAACCCUUAAAAAUCAAUUGUCUAGUGUUGUCCUUCAACUAUUAAAUCAAAGAGUUUUGGAAGAUUUAAAGUCGAGAUGGUGGGAUUUCGGAAAAGUAAAAUGCGAAAAAAUUGAAGACGAAAGCGAUGGAAUUAGCAUAAAAAAUAUCGGCGGGGUCUUCCUCGUUAUUUUUAUCGGUAUUGGCCUAGGCCUACUAACUUUGGCCUUUGAAUACUACUGGUACAAACUGAGGCCAGCUUGGAAUGAUAAGAGAGAAGAUAAAGGAAAUAGUUCUACAACGAUAACAACUCAAGCUAACUCUAACGCUCAUAGUAAUGGCGGUUUUAUGAAUUAA